AUGACUACAAACAAUAAGUUCCGUGGAUCCGGGUCAGCUAGAUUUGUUAAGAACAGACGGAAUGAAUCCAACUCCCGGUUCCGGUCUAAGGAACCCGUUGAUCCGUAUGUGGCCAAUAAUCCCAUGUUGAAUGACUCCAUCACCAAACAAGAGUUGGUCAGCCGUAUUGACCAAUUAGAUAGCAUUAUGGGGUUUGACCGGAUAGAAAACGGCGAGAACGACGGAACAAAGCCUCGGAAAGGUUGGUUAAUUAAUAUGCAUGGUACAACUAUACCCAGUGACAAUUACCUAGCUGGGUACUCAGGAGUUGACUACUACUUUUUAGGUGAAGAUGGAGGAAGUUUCAAAGCCACGCUUCAAUUAGAUCCGUACUUCUUUCUUAUGUGUUUGCCCGGACACGAGGCCGAGGUUGAAGAGUGGCUACGGAGAGAACUCGAGGCUGCACAUGUGAAGAACAUCACCCGAGAGUUAAAGGACGAUUUGGCAUUACCCAAUCAUUUGGUGGGGCUCCAGAGGCUUUUGAUCAAAGUAUCGUUUCAUAAUGUUUCUGAUUUGUUGACGGGACGAAGGAUCUUAAGUCCGAUCAUCAAGCAGAACCAAUUGAAACGUGACACCAGAGACAUUUAUCUGAUCAUGAACUUUAAUAACAUGAAUAAUGAAACAGGAGCUGCGACAUCUGCAUCGGCGACAUCCACAAUGAUGUCUGAGUCGUUUAAUGAUCCUUCGACUUAUAUUGACGACAUCAGAGAGUACGACGUUCCAUACCAUGUUCGAGUGUCUAUUGACAAGAACAUAAGAGUAGGUAAAUGGUACGAUGUGUAUGUGAGACAUUCUGUGACUUCAUUUGUUGAAGACUCUUCUAGAAUCGCCUUUGCUGAUCCAGUAGUGUUAGCUUUCGAUAUCGAGACCACCAAGGCUCCAUUGAAGUUCCCCGAUGCCAAAAUCGACCAGAUCAUGAUGAUCUCGUAUAUGAUUGAUGGUGAAGGGUUUCUUAUCACCAAUAGAGAAAUCAUCUCUCAAGAUAUUGAUGAUUUCGAGUACACUCCUAAACCGGAAUACCCCGGGUUAUUCACCAUCUUCAAUGAACCGGACGAAAAGCGUUUAUUGAUGAGGUUCUUUGAACACAUUAGAGAUGUUAGACCCACAGUUAUAGCCACAUUCAACGGAGACUUUUUUGAUUGGCCAUUCGUGGAGAAUAGAACUCGAUAUCACGACAUGGACAUGUUUGAAGAGAUUGGGUUUGCAAAGGAUAACGAAGGAGAAUAUAAAUCCAAAUAUUGUGUACAUAUGGAUUGUUUCCGAUGGGUUAAAAGAGAUUCAUAUUUACCUCAAGGGUCACAAGGUUUAAAAGCCGUGACUACAGCUAAAUUAGGGUAUAACCCCACUGAAUUAGAUCCAGAAUUAAUGACUCCUUAUGCUUAUGAACAUCCACAAUUAUUAUCUGAAUAUUCAGUUUCGGAUGCUGUGGCAACAUACUAUUUAUAUUUCAAGUAUGUUCACCCAUUCAUCUUUUCGUUGUGUACCAUUAUUCCUUUAAGUCCAGAUGAAGUGUUACGGAAAGGUACGGGGACGUUAUGUGAGAUGCUUUUAAUGGUUCAGGCAUAUGAAAAGGGGAUUUUAUUACCCAAUAAACAUAGUGAUCCCAUUGAAAGGUUUUAUGAAGGACAUCUUUUAGAAUCAGAAACUUAUGUUGGUGGUCAUGUGGAAUCAUUGGAAGCCGGAGUAUUCCGAUCAGACAUUGCCAAUGAUUUUAGAAUUGACCCUAAAGCAUGUGAUGAAUUAAUUAGUGAAUUACAUGAUUCAAUCAAGUUUUGUAUUGAAGUGGAGAAUGGCAAGAAGGUAUCUGAUGUUGAAAACUAUCAAGAAGUUUAUGAUGAGAUUAAAGGCCAAUUAGAAGCACUUAGAGACCAACCUAAUAGAAGAGAAAACCCUUUGAUAUACCAUGUUGAUGUGGCAUCCAUGUAUCCAAAUAUCAUGACUUCAAACAGAUUACAACCUGAUUCCAUGAAAACAGAAGAAGAUUGUGCAGCUUGUGAUUUCAAUAGACCAGGUAAAAAUUGUGAUAGAAGAUUGGAAUGGGCUUGGAGAGGUGAAUAUUUCCCUACUGAAAUGAAUGAAUAUUCUAUGAUCAAAAGAAGUUUGCAAAAUGACAAGUUCCCACCUUCCAGACCUUGGUUGCCGCAAAGAACUUUUGAUGAAUUAUCUUAUACUGAGCAAGCAAGUCAUAUUAAGAAACGAUUAGGAGAUUAUUCCAGAAAGGUUUAUCAUAGAAUCAAGCAAACCACCACCAUUAAACGUGAAGCCAUUAUUUGUCAACGAGAAAACCCAUUCUAUGUUAAUACUGUUAGAAGUUUUAGAGAUAGAAGAUAUGAGUUUAAGACUUUGGCUAAAGUAUGGAAGGGUAAAGCUUCUAAAUUGGGUAAUGAUGUUCAUGCUAAAGAUGAAGCCAAAAAAAUGAUUAUCUUGUAUGACUCUUUACAACUUGCUCAUAAGGUUAUUUUGAAUUCCUUCUAUGGUUAUGUCAUGAGGAAAGGUUCCAGAUGGUACUCAAUGGAGAUGGCCGGUAUCACUUGUUUAACUGGGGCUACAAUCAUCCAGAUGGCUCGUUCAUUGGUGGAAAGAUUGGGGAGACCUUUGGAAUUGGAUACUGAUGGUAUUUGGUGUAUUUUACCCACUUCAUUCCCUGAGAAUUUCCAUUUGAAAUGUAAAGAUGGUAAGAAGAUCUUUUUAGAGUAUCCUUGUUCGAUGUUAAAUUUCCGAGUCCAUCAAAAGUUUACCAAUCAUCAAUAUCAAGACUUGGUCGAUAAUGAUACUUUCAAGUAUACUACUAAAUCCGAUAACUCAAUUUUUUUCGAAGUGGAUGGUCCUUAUAAGGCGAUGAUUUUACCCACUUCAAAGGAAGAAGGUAAAGGCUUAAAGAAGAGAUAUGCAGUUUUCAAUGAUGAUGGAUCGUUAGCUGAAUUGAAGGGGUUUGAAUUGAAAAGAAGAGGUGAACUACAAUUGAUUAAAAAUUUCCAGUCGGAUAUUUUCAAGUUAUUUUUGGAAGGUGAUACUUUAGAUAAUUGUUAUAAAGCAGUGGCAUCUGUUGCUAACAAUUGGUUGGAUGUUUUAGACACCAAGGGUGGGAUGUUGGAAGAUGAAGAUUUGAUUGAACUUAUUUGUGAAAAUAGAAGUAUGUCAAAGAGUUUACAAGAAUAUGGGACUCAAAAGUCCACUUCUAUUACUACAGCCAAAAGAUUAGGGGAAUUUUUGGGUGAAGAAAUGGUUAAAGAUGCUGGGUUAGCAUGUAAGUAUAUUAUUAGUGCCAAACCCAUAGGAUCUCCAGUGACUGAAAGAGCCAUUCCGGUGUCAAUUUUUUCAUCUGAUAAAAAGGAAAUGUUUCUUAAAAAAUGGUUAAAGGAUCCUUCAUUAACCGAUUUUGAUCCCAGAAGUGUUAUUGAUUGGAGUUAUUAUCACGAAAGAUUAUCAUCCGUGGUUCAAAAAAUUAUUACUAUACCUGCUGCUCUACAGGGAGUUAAGAAUCCUGUUCCUCGGGUGGUUCAUCCUGAUUGGUUAAAGAGAAAGAUCGCUGUAAGAGAAGAUUCUAAGCAACAAAGUCAUAUUUCAUCAUUCUUUAAUGCUAUCACCACUAAAAGUGAAAGAGCAAUUAAAGAUAUUGAAGAUUUUAAUAAUGAAUUUGAUUCAAAUAUGAAACCGAAAAUCGCCAGAGUCACUACUAGGAAGAGAAAGAAUGCCAAACUUCAUGAUACUGAAACAGCAGAAGAAGAAGCAUAUCAUACAGCUAUAUUAAAUGGCCCAUGUCCUUCUAUGUUUGAAGAUUAUAGUGGAUUUUUAGAGUAUCAAAAGGCCAAAUGGUCUCUUCAAGAGAAGAAUAGAUUACAACGAAGAAGAUUGUUUGGUGAAAAUACCGAAGGAACUCAUAGGUCCACAGUUGGAAAUAUGAUGAGACGUCAAGCAGAAAGUAUUAGUGGAUCUAAUUGGGAGAUAUUACAGUAUACUUCUAGUGGGAAACCUGGAGAAAUUAAAGUGUUUGUGAAUAUCGACGAUAAAAUCCAUACCUUUAUAUUUCACAUCCCCAAGAAAAUUUAUGGGUCCUUUAAAACAGAACUUUCGCUGAAAAGAACCAUUCAAAAUUGUCAAAUCGAUAACAGUAAUGCCAUUUUACCCAAUGGUCAUGAUGGAACUUGGCUAUAUAAGUUUACCAUGCCUGAAACUGUUUAUCAAGAGGAAUUAAAUAAGGUUGGAGGCUUAUUACAAGAUCCCAACGUUAUAGGGCUUUAUGAAACUCAAGUCGAUUCAAUUGCCAGGGCAGUAAUCGAGUUGGGGAACACCAUUUCCUUUGAUGAUACCAGAGUUGGGUCCUUGGGAAAGGGAUUGAAAAAUGGGUUCAAUUUUAAAGAUUUACAACGAGUUCAACUACCCAAUGACAACAAAUACAUGGCGAAAUUCCGAAUGGAUAUUAUUUAUAUUCUUCAUUUGGUGGUUAAUGGUUAUGAAAUUUAUGUUAUAUUUAAAACCUGGGAACAAGACGGUCGAAUCUUCAUAUUAAAACCCAAUACGAAUGCUCAAGAGAUCCUUUCCAAUAUCAAUAAGGUCUAUGAAGAGUCAUACAUGGUGAAAAAGAAAAAAGUUUCGACUAAGAUCAUUGCUUAUCAAAGUUCUAUUGAAUUCGAAACCACAUACCAUACGGAAGAAGCCAAACUAUUUAAGCAUUUGAACCAGUACAUUAAUAAGAUCCAAUCCGAGGGAAGAAGAGGAAACAAGUGUCUUUUGGCUAUUCAAUCUACCACUAUAUCCAAAAUCUUAAAUGGGUGUAAUGCUUGUUCCGGGUUCCCACUAAUUAAAAUGAACGGUAAAGAAUUAUCAUUACCACCAGUAGGUUGGCAACAAUUAAUAUCCAAACGAGUGGUGAAUCAUUACUUUGUGCUUGGAUCUUGGAUUGAAAACUUAAUAUCGCUUGCCAGAUAUGGGAAUAUUCCCUUGUGUAACCUUGAGGUUGAUAAUAUGGGCCAUUUGAUUGACAUUGAAUACUCCCGAAGAUUAAUAGACAACAACAUUGUUCUUUGGUGGUCUCCGAACCCAUUACCUGAUUUGGGAGGCAUUGAAAACGAUUCUUUACCUGAUUAUGAUAGUUUGAACUUCCCUAUUAUCAACAAUCCAGAAAUAUAUGAAAGUGCCUGUCUUGAAAUUGAUAUUGGAACAUUAACCAUCAAUACCAUUUUAACCAGUUCGUUAAUUAAUGAAGCAGAGGGUGCAGAAUUGGCAGAUGACAUUAUAGUUGGUGACAAGAGUAACGGAGGGUCCACUAUAGCUGAAGAUUUCUUUUCUGUACCAGCUUUGAACACCUUAAGAUCAAUGGUUAAGAAGUGGUGGGACGAUGCAUUGAAAGGUAGCAAUAAUGCAGACUCCAUGAUGAAUAAUUUGGUUACCUGGGUUCAAAGAAGAGACUCGUAUUUGUACUCGUUUGCAUUACACUAUCAUGUUCAUAAUUUGACUGUUAAAUCGUUGUUACAAUUAAUCGGAGAGUUCAAAAAAAUGAAUGCCAUGGUGAUCUUUGCUAAUAGAAACAAACUCUUGGUUAAAACAACCAAAGUUUCCGUGGAAAAUUCAUAUGCUUAUGGUCAAUACCUUUUGAAAGCUGCUCGAUCCAAACCAAUGUUUAAUUUCCUUGACUUGACCAUCUCAAGAUAUUGGGACAUUUUAAUAUGGAUGGACGAAUACAAUUAUGGUGGGAGAUGCUGUUAUGCUAUUACCAGUAAUGAAGUCCAAGAUUUGGAGCCAGUCAACCAAUGGCAAUUGAAAAAUUACUUGCCCAUUCUUUAUCAGAAUGAGUUUGAAGAUUGGCUCGUGAUAUUUCUUGAUUCCAUAACCAAAAUGAAGAACGAAUCGUUAUCUUCUACCACCAAUGGUACGCAAAGAAUCACCCAAAUCCAGCACAUUUUGAACGGUCAACGGAAACUCGAGAAUAGCACCGACAUCAGUAACGACGGUCCUGAUGCCGAGCACAGUGUGAUUGAAAUCUUUAGAGGACCAUUUGAAAAGAGAAUCAAGCGGUUAUACAAACGUCAAAUCGAGUCGAUCUUGAACCCAGAAAUGAAGGAAGAAUACACCUUCCCUCAAUUACCUGGUUCCUAUUUAUCCAUGAAGAAUCCUACGUUGGAGUUGGUCAAGUUUUUGUGUGCAAUCUUUGGGUUGUCAACCAAACGGACCAUUGAAACCAGAAUGCUAAGGAAAGACUUGUUGGCGUUGUUUGAAGUGAAAGAGUUUAGCCCCGAGGCUCAAUUCAAGUACCCUUCAACGUCUUUAAAGGUUCCUCACGUUAUAUGUGAUUAUUGUAAUUACAUUAGAGACCUUGACUUUUGCCGUGACGAGCCAGAGCUGCUUUGGAGCUGCAAAAACUGUCAAAGACCUUAUCAUCGGGUAUCACUCGAGGAAGAACUCAUUGGCCAAUACCAAAAGCUUAUCGUACGGUUCUUACACCAAGACUUGGUAUGUUCAAAGUGUAAGCUGGUGAGAGCAGAUAAUAUGAGUGAGUUCUGUAAGUGUUCGGGUCCUUGGACAGAGACGGUGAAUUAUUUGGAGGUGGAGAAGAAAAUCCAAACGUUUACGAAUGUUGCAAAGGCGUAUAAACUUGAACUUCUUCAAGGUGUGUUAACAGAGUAA